AUGUCCUCCAAACCCGUCAAGAAAGUUCACUACACAUCAUCCACCAAAGGAUCAUCUGUUCACGGCGGACCAUCAUCCACACCACCCACAUCAUCCAAACCCAGUUCUUCCCCCCGUCGUCCCUCUUUCUCCCACCAACGACACCCUUCCGAUUCAGGCGUCGGUUCCUCCUCCUCCAACUCUGCCACUGCCCAGGUAAACUCUACCUCUUUCUACACAGACAAAGAACGCGACGAGCAGCGACGCAACGUAGGUGCUCUCAACGAAUUAGUCCAAACCCUCAAAGAACGAGUACAAAUACUCGAACUCAAGAACCUCAACCUCGAAAAUGAUCUCUCAGAAAGCAACCGCGAGAAACGCGAAUUCCGGCGCGAAGCCGAGGAUCUUCAGCGCACGAUCGAUGAAAUGAGAAAAGAAAAGAGUCGAGCCAAAGAUGGCCGAGAGGGCAAAGAAAGCGACGGGAUACGCAUCCGCGGUUCAGAUCUCCAUACCACACCUGAGAAAAAAGAAAAAAGCGACCGGAUACCCGUAACCAUAGUAGAACGCAACACACCACCCAUGACACGGCGAGAAAAAGAGCGCGAUUUGGAAGCGCGAAUGAGGGAAGAAGAACGUCUGCGUUCGCAACACUUAGCGCGAGAACGCAGGACUAGUUAUCGGGAUACGCCGGCUCCACUUCCUUCUUCUUCUUCCCCGUUGUACGAUUAUGAUGUGAAGACUGUGCAUCCUGGUUCUGGUUUUAGUGCUCGAUAUCGCGACGAAUUCGAAGAGCGCGAAAAACGUCUUUCGGGUACUCCGCCGGCUGCUUCUUCUAGUAAAUUGCAUAAUCCGUUUACGCCGUUGGGUUCGGUGGGGAGUGGUGCGAAUGCGAAUGCGAAUGCGGGGAGAGUGAGGAGGGCUAGUGUUAGUUAUGGGAAUGGGAGUGGGAUUGCGAAUGGGAUGUCGGCGGGGACAUAUACGGGGAGGAGGGAGAGGGAGCGCCAGGAGGUGCCGUAUGUGAGGGGGGAGGUACCGGUUAAUGUGGGGAUAUCGAUCUCGGGUGGGACGAGGGGGUCUAGGUUGAGUGGGGGGAGUAGUGGGGGGAGUGUGGGUGCUGGUGUGGAUGAUUUGUUCCCGAAUGAUGGGAAGUAUCAUCCUUAUCCUUUGGAUUCUUGA